AUGGAAUGCCAAAACCAGACAGAAGCAGGCUCUCAGCAACAGGAGAAGCCUCUCUUAAUAACUUCGUCGUUGCUCGGCCUCCCUCCUUACGUGCUUGAUCCCCAAGACCUCCCAAAUUCAUUCGAUCCGUUUCCUGGAAAGGUUGGCAGCCAAUUUCGGCAAGUCGACGAAGACACGCUGGUCAAAUAUGGGCCCAAGGUCUCCCUAGCCGAAGCCGAAGCCAUGGACUAUAUUUCCCGUCAUACCAGUAUUAAAUGCCCAAAAGUCCUUGGCGCUUAUGUACUCGACGGGAGAGGUCAUAUCAUCAUGUCUUUCGAGCAUGGUAAAUCCUUAGAUGAAUUCUGGGAAAACGCCUCUGAGAAAGAGAGAGAAGUGGUGAUUGAGCAAAUGCAGCGCUAUAUGAGCGAGAUGCGUAACAUUAAAGGCGACUAUGUUGGUGGAUUUAAUCGUAGCCCUUGCGUGGCGGGCGAGUUUCAGUGGGAUUUUUAUCAUAGCGACCACAAGUACGGCCCUUAUCCUGACGAAUUUGGAUUUAACGAAGGGGUCGUGGAAGCUUUGUCGCGAGCUAGUCCUGGACCUCAUAGUACGGACCCCGAAUCACGGGAAUAUAAUGUAAGAUAUGCGACUCGACAACUAGUACACUCUCUCCGCAACCACGAGAUUGUAUUCACUCAUGGAGAUCUGAAUAUCGGGAAUAUACUCGUACAGGAUGACAUGACGGUGGUUAUCUUGGAUUGGUAUACAGCAGGGUUCUACCCGGCCUACUGGGAGUGGUAUAAAGCAACCUGGCACGGCGUAUUUCAGCCAAGUUUCAUACGACAGAUAGAACGGUUUAUUCCACCAUAUUGGAUUGAAGCCAAUAUCAUGAACCAGAUAUUCAAUAAGAUUCUCGGAUAG